UUAAAAACUUGUUUAUAGUUUGUCUUUUAAGUGGAACAUUGUAUUUCAAAAUAGACUUUAUGGCUGAUACUUUAGAGAACAGAGUUUUAGAAAGUCUUCUUGAUUACGCAAAAAGUUCAGGUGCUUCAUUUGUCAUUGCUAACGCUCUUCUUCAAAGAAAUCCUAUAAUAUACUGCAGCCAAUCAUUUUCUCGCGAAACUGGUUUUACAAGGAGCGAAGUAACAAGAAAAGAUGCUUUUCUAUAUUUUUUGUGUGGAAACCUUACAUCUUUAUCUUCUCAAGAAACUUUGAAAAAUGCUGUUCUUUCAAAAUCAAAAACUCAGAUUGAAAUGAUACUUUAUAAUGUAGCAGGCUUUAAAAAAUGGUACCUCGUCUCACUAUUACCAGUGAAAAAUUCAAACAAGGUUGUCUCUCUUUUAGCAAUAUUCUUUCAUGAUAUCAGUUAUAUUAAAGCACCUUUAACAGAAUCGCCAAAAAGAAAGUGGAAAAAAGCAGUGAAAAAGAUUUUAAAUAAAACUCCACACAAAGUUACAUCCCCAAAUACCCUCAAUGAAUUAUCUUUACCAGCUCUUGUCAGUUACUAUGACAGAAUAUUUAUACCAGAUUAUGGAUGUAAACAAAAACUCCCAAAAUACAUCAUAAAUCAUUCAUGUACAGAGAAAGUCUCCUGGGAUUAUUUUAUAUUGACAAUAACAUUUGUUUAUACUGCAGUUAUUAUACCAUUUGAUGCUUGUUUUAAUUAUAAAAGUAUUGCUAUGACAGUCUUUGAUCUGGUGUGUAAUGUUUUUGUAAUAAUUGACAUCGCUGCAGCAUUUUUCACAUCAUUUGUUGAUAAAAGUGGUAACUUAGUAACAAAUGCUCACAAAAUUAAGUUAAGGUAUUUAAAAACAUGGUUCGCGUUUGAUAUAAUUUCUGCGUUACCGUAUGGCGUUUUGGAUUACAUAAACAUUAAUAGUAAAUCGAAAUUAAUCAUAAUCAUAAGAGUGGUGAAGGUGUUUCGUUUGGUUCGCUUAGUCAAAGUUAAAAAUAUACUUGCCCAAUACUUAGGAAAUGGAGUCAUUACUCUUGUGAUAUGGAUCCUAUUCUUCUGCUUGUGUUCUCAUUGGAUGGCUUGCAUAUGGUUUUUAAUAGCGACAUUUGAUCUUGAAAAUCAAAACACAAAUAGUUGGGUUUAUUGUCUUUACAUAGAAAAUACAGAGCCAUUCCAGAAUGAUUUUGAUGUAAAUACUCAACGAAAAGGUUUUAUUUAUAUUUCGGCUUUAUAUUACACAUUGAGCAGUUUAACAACAUGUGGUUUCGGAAACAUUGCACCGAACACAUUUGCCGAAAGAAUAUUUGGCGUGGUUACUAUGGUAUUUGGUUGUUUAAUGUAUGCUUUUAUAUUUGGACAAGUGACCAAUAUAAUAUCUCAGCUGAGUAAAACAAAGAAUGAGUACACUUCACAACUUCGAACAAUUCGUCAGUUUAAUGCUAUAAAUAAAAUUCCAAAGAAAGUUUGCAAACGUGCUGAAAACUAUUUUAUUGCAUCAUGGGUAGUAAAAAAAGGGACUGAGAAAGAGAAGGUUAUGAGUAAAUUUCCUCUCAGCCUUCAGUCUGACCUGUGCUUACAUAUUCACAAAAACGUCUUUAAGAAUGAACCAGCCUUUCGUUUUUUGAGUAAAAAUGCUCUGAGAGCAUUGUCAAGAUGUUUUUGGACAUUACGUACUUCUCCAGGUGAUAAAAUUAUUUACCAAGAAGAGAUAGUAACAUCCAUUUAUUUUGUAACUUGCGGAUCAUUUGAAGUUAAAGAGACCGGCAAUCUCAUUGGGCUUAUUGCGCCGUUUGAUUCGUUUGGUCUACGCCCCGUUAUGGAAUCAUCGAAAUCAAAGUUCGAGGUUCGAGCUAAUUCGUUUGGUGAAAUACACGGUUUAAGAAUCGAUAGUAUUAUCGAGUCUCUCAGUUUGUUUCCAGAAGAAAGAGAUUUGUUUAUAUACGCAUUUCAACCUUCAUUUGAUAUAACAAAAAAGAGAAAAAAAAAUUUACCUUUGUUUGUGCUUGAUAAAAAUGUGAUAACAUUUAAAGACAAAAAAAGAACGAUAUUCGAAAAAAGCAUGCCAAAAACUAUCGAUAUCAUAACAGAAUUUGAAAGAAAAUCAAAAAACGAUCAGACGAUUGACAAAAUGUUUUCGACCAACAAUUUAAAUUCGAAUAGUCUUAAAGAAGACACGUCAUUCCGAAGCUUUUCCUCAGUAAAAAAUUUGCGUAAUGAUUUUUACGUAAAAACAAAAAGCAUAAAUGAAAAAACAAAAGCUAUGGAAACUGAAAUAAGGACUAUACUUAGUCAACUUGAAAAAACUUAAACGGUAAUAAAUUUUUCUAAUGAGCGUUAUAAAUACUAUAAGACAUACCUUUAAAUUAAAUUCAAACUAAUUUCAAUAAGUAAAUUAGUUACGCCCAACAACAAGAAUAAUUACAAGCUUAAAAGCGGCAUAUUUUUAACCAUAAACUAAUUAAUUGUGUUUAAAUUUAAAGAAAUUUUCUGUAUUUUUGAGUUAUUUGAAAUAAUUAUAAUAUUGCACUUUAUGAUUAA